UGUGUUGUGCCCGUGUUCCUGUGUUGUGCCUGUGUUGUGCCCGCGCUCCUGUUCCUGUGUUGUGCCCGUGCCGCGCUCCUGUUCCUGUGUUGUGCCCGCGUUCCUGUGCUGUGCCCGUGCUCCUGUUCCUGUGUUGUGCUCGCGCUCCUGUUCCUGUGUUGUGCCCGUGCCGCGCUCCUGUUCCUGUGUUGUGCCCGCGUUCCUGUGCUGUGCCCGUGCUCCUGUUCCUGUGCUGUGCCCGUGCUCCUGUUCCUGUGCUGUGCCCGUGCUCCGUGCCAAGCCAUGUCUGUGGGCCUGCAGAUCCUUGGCGUGGCGCUGGGGAUGUUUGGGUGGCUGGGGGCCAUCGUGUCCUGCGUCCUGCCCCUGUGGCGGGUGACUGCCUUCAUCGGGAACAACAUCGUGACGGCACAGGUCAUGUGGGAGGGCCUGUGGAUGAACUGUGUGGUGCAGAGCACGGGUCAGAUGCAGUGUAAGGUCUACGACUCCAUGCUGGCCCUGCCCCAGGAGCUGCAGGCGUCCCGCGCCAUCCUGGUCAUCGCCGUCCUGCUGUCCGCUGUGGCGCUGCUCGCCAGCCUCGCCGGAGGGAAGUGCACCACCUGCCUGGAGGAGGGCUCCGGGAAGGCCAGGGUUGCCACGGUUGCCGGCGCGUUGCUGGUGAUUGGCGGGCUGCUGUGUUUGAUCCCGCCCAGCUGGUCAGCCCACCAGGUUAUUCGGGACUUCUACAACCCCCUGGUGGCCUCGUCACAGAAGCGCGAGCUGGGGGCCGCCCUCUUCGUCUGCUGGGGCUCUGCCGCCCUGCUGCUCAUCGGCGGGGGGCUCGUCUGCGCCUCCUGCCCCCUCAGGAGUGGUGCCAUGGGGGUCGGUGGCAACCGCUACAAACUCACCUCCCCGACCUCCGGGCAGAGCGAACGCUUGGCCUACGUCUGAGGUCCACAUGGGACACACACCGCAUGCGCUCUCGAUGUUUGUGUUGAGUACUCUUGUUUUAAUGUUAUAUGUUUAUUGAGUAAACUGUUUAUUUUGUGUUUGUUGUUUUGUUUAUGCAAAUUUGUGUGACCCCAUUUAAGUAACUGAAUAAAACAUUUAUUUUUUAAAUACAAAA